AUGGUUUUUGUUGCUUCAACUUCGAUCUUCAUUGGCUAUAAGAGCAAAAAACUGGCCAAGAAAAACCGAACCAUGCCAGAACUGGACCGGGAUUCAUUGCCAAAAGGGUUCAGUUUUGUGCUUAAUGGUUCUAUUUCUGAGUGGUUUGGUGACAAAAGCAAUAACAACUACCUUGGUGCACUCCAGGUGCUUGAUUUAAGUUCUUGCUCAAUAACUGGCUCUAUUCCUGAGUCAAUUGGUGGUUUGAUUUUGUUGAAGUCUGUGUUACUUUCUGGGAAUAGCUUAACUGGUAGAAUGCCUUCAAGUUUGGGAAUGUUGUCUAAUUUAUCUAUGCUUGAUCUCUCAGGAAAUGAACUUUCUGUGCUUGAUCUCUCAGGAAAUAAACAGUAG